AUGAAGUUAGUGGCAUUCGUCCUCGCCGCCGCGGCGAUCCCACGGCAAGUCGUGGCGCAGUAUGCCACGGCGGCGAUGAUGCGCUUUCAGUGUUCCAGAUUAGUCGUCCAGCGCGUCGACCCUCUCGUGUCUCCCGGCCUCGUCCAGUCGCCACAUAUCCACCAGAUUGUCGGUGGAAACUCGUUCAAUGCCACUAUGCCACCUGUCGAGUAUGAUCUUCCAUCCAAGUCAACCUGCACAACGUGCUCGUUCAGCGAAGACUUCUCGAAUUAUUGGACUGCCAACCUAUAUUUCAAAGCCCGCAAUGGCACUUACAAGCGUGUGAAGCAGAUGGUCAACCUCGGUCUACAAGGUGAAGAGGGCGUUACUGUCUACUACAUACCACCGUAUGAUGGGCGAACCAAAGUCACCGCCUUCAAACCGGGCUUCCGCAUGCUCGUCGGGGACGCGAUGCUGCGCACAGCUCAGGGGCAGCAGAAGCAGCUGUGCCAUCGCUGCUACACCAACGUCAACCAGACCCCUUUCGGCGGCGCCCCCUGUGCCGACGCCAGCAUGGAUACUGCCGCUCUCCCCCCCCAAACCAUGCGCCGGAGGCAUCCCUGUUGGGACGGUCAGAACCUUGAUAGCGCCGACCACAAGAGCCACGUGGCAUACCCUCAAGGGGGCAGCUUCGAGAUGUCAUCGCCAUGCCCGGCAAGCCAUCCGGUACGCCUGCCGCAGGUCAUGUACGAAGUGAUGUGGGAUACGCGGGAAUUCAACGACCGGUCCUUGUGGCCUACCGACGGCUCCCAGUCGUUUGUCUACAGUAUGAAUGACACUACCGGCUACGGCUGGCAUGGCGAUUACUUGCUCGGUUGGAAGGGAGACUCCCUUCAACGUGCCCUUGACGCCCGUUGCUCCAACGACCGUUACUCUCAGCUCCAGACUCAAUCCGUCACUCAGGCCAUCGCCUGUAAGAAAGAGCAGACCGUCCAAGAAGACAUCGACGGAUGGCUUGAGGAGCUGCCGGACGCGGCCAUGUAA